AUGUCCGACCAACAAUCCAGUUUCCCCACCCGUAACCAGGGUCCUACAGUUCGCAAUCCUGACACAGGGUGUACCGUCCAGCUGGGCGCUGAACUGAAACCUACUGGCUUUGAGCAUACGGAGAGGUGCAAAUGUAUCAAACCUGGAACAGACGAAGAAUGGAAGCUCCUAUCCGAUGGCAUCAAACGUGCCCUCGAGACUAAAACAUUAGAGAUGGAUAAAGCUAGCAUGGCCUUCGCCCAGCUUCUCUUGGGUAUGGGGAUUGAUGGAAUACCGAUUGCGGUUACCUUUUCUCCAGGGAAGUAA